UUGGGCAGACGACAGCAGGAAUGCCGUAGAGCAAUUCUAAGGGAGAGGAGGACCCGCAACGAGAAAACACCUUGCAUGCAUCUCUCCUUUUGCUAUUUUCACCCCCUUUUCUACUUUUUUUUUGUAUCGAAUUCCCGCCCAGCCUACGGGAAGAAGCGACGCCAGCGCCUCUCCGCGUAUUCGAGUGGAGAGAAAACAUUGCCAUUCGGCCGUUUCCAAGCCGGCUGGCUCCCGUAACCAAAACAGACGACGCGAAGUGGCUGCGCACGGCACGCGUACCUGAAGGCGGCUCUCUGCAAAAAAGUGUAACUCCUGCAGCUUUGUGUGUUUCGUUUUGCGUUUACGAAGCGUUCUUUUGUGACCAGUGUAAAUAUCGGCCGCAAACGAAAGCUUGGAUACAACUAUCGAGUUUCUUCUGUUCCGUCGGCUGUGUCUUCUCCGGGUGCAGAAUUCAAACCGGCAGUUGUCAGCCAAGUGGAUCCGAAGAGAUACACAGCACCUGUUUACUGGAUCGCGUUGCUGCAACCGCUUUCAGCAUCGGAAUACGUAUACGUUGCUCCACUGCUCGUGCUGACUGUAGUUGCUGAGUGUUGACAACAUUGGCUAUUGAAUGUUGAAAGGUAUGCUUGUGUGAGAAGAAGGUGCAACAAUUUGAUGGUGCUAUGGGCCCAGCGGGAUUAGUGCUCCUUCUUGUGCUCCUGGUGGAAGGAUGUGCAGCGGAGGAUGCCUCUAAUUGCUACACGAGCGGUGGCGUUGCCGGGAUUGUGGUGGCCACCGCUGUGGUGACUGCGGUGUUGAUCGCGCUCGUCCUCGGCGCUCUGUGGUACCUGCGGCGUAGGCGAAAAGGUUUUCGAACAGACAACAUCCUCAACGGAAAUGCACCCAAGACCGCAGGAAGUGGCGAUGGAAAGUACGCCUAUGACAACCCUUAUUUCCGGGAUGAAGAGAGCGCGGUGGACACCACGGAUAAAGGCCGAGCACCGAACGCUUCCUCCGAAAGCCCUCAACAGUCAGCCACUCUCCCAAAGACCAACGGCACCACGAAAACCACUUGGAUGCCUUGGACGAGCAAAGCUAUUCCGUUUUCGGGGGUCUUUACCCAGGCGAAGAGACAUCGGACAAUGGACGACUCCUGCCUUCCCAUGGAGCCUGAAAGAAUCAUCGUCCCUCUGCGCGGCCAUGACUUCACCGGUCUGGGCUUCAACAUCUGCGGCAACAUGAGAGACGGCAUCUUUGUCAAGGACGUGCUGAACCGGGGACCUGCCAACGAGUCCGGCAUUGUCAAAGCCGGGGACCGGAUCGCCAGCGUAACAGUCUCCUUCAACAAUAUGGUGUACGAAGAUGCCCUCACCAUCCUCAGUUACGCUUCCCCGUACGACGUCAAGUUAGAGAUCGUCAAACCCGGAGAAAAGCGGAGCGGCUUUCCGUCGGUGACCUCUUCUGGCAAGCUUUCCCUCGCUUCCAGGACAAGUGGCAAGAGUCAGAGACUAUUUCAUCCGUUGUACAGAAGUCAGUCGAUCGACGACCUCACACAAAUCGGAAAAGACGGUACCGCAACCCCAACGCAGAGCAGCGUUCAGCCGAAGAGGUCUCAGAGCAUUGGAGUCGCCACGCAGCUGAUGAAGUCUAGUCCGAGAAGUGUGGACAUUGGUGGCGGCGACUGUUACGGAAGUCCCAAGAAGGCGAGAGCCGCUUCUUCUACGACGGGGUCGCUGAAUGAGAAGGUUCUCACCACAGCCAUGCACGACAGCUCGCACGCAAAACCUGUUGUGGUCCCAGAGAGCGUACGCAAAGAGGACAUUACAGUACAGACGUCCGCUCAAGUGGAGGACACAGAGGACAAAGUCAUUGAUGCAGGGGAUGUUACUGUCACUAGAGCUAAAGAAGCGCCAAGGGCGAAAGAAAGUGUUGAGACAGAGGUCGAAGAGCCCGUGAUAACGCCGACGAGAAAGCCCGUUUCAACACCGAAUAAACGAAAAGCUCCAGCGCCUCCUACGCCAAAUAACUCGAUUAAAACAACCGCGCAGGUUCAUCGUAUUGAUGAGAAACGGGUAUGUACUGAUGACGGAGAAAGAGAUAGAGCCAGAAGUUCCUCUUCGUCAUCCUGCUCCAGCAGAGGUGACGACAAACCCACAAGCAACGUGACGACAGUCUCGCUAACGGCAGCUCCCCCUGACGAUGACACGGGCAAAGAAAGCAACAACGAAGUUCCCGGCACCACUGGGGAAGAAUACGACUCCGCUGCGUCACAGUUCUCAGAUGAUCAUUCGGAAACCGCAAGAGGCAAUGAGACGCCAACCAAGAGGAAAGCGUCUUCGACGGGAGACCUGACAGCCAUCGAAGAUGUCAGCAAGAAGUCACCAACGGUGCUGGAACGUGCGGUUUCCUUAGAUUUUAAGAGUGGUGUUCUUCCAGAGGGCAACCUUAACUUUCAGAAGUGCAUCAUGAAGAAGGACGAAGCACUUUUUCCAGGAUACCAACGUCUUAAUGGCACCGGACGAGCGAAGACACUGACAGAAGAAUCAUCGCUGUCUGACUCCGAGUCGGAUGAUGAUAAGCGCAACGGACAUUACGAACGCAUAUACGGCGAGACUCCAUCUGGGGAGGACGUUUCCUACGGGAGCUCGAUCUCGCCAGUGACCAUGAAGUCGCUGUCCACCGUUGAAAUGCCAAAGGACACCGUAAGCCCAGGAAGCUUACCUCGCACAAUCUUCAUCCGCGAAACUGUGGUCGUUGAAACUAAGCCUCGUCCGACCAGCCGUCUGUCUUCCGAAGAUGUCGCCAUCAUCACGCCGGAACCAGAGAGCCCGGAACGCGUCGUAUCGCCGAGUUUUUCGUUCGAAAUGGAGCAGUCGUCGUUAAACCCGAACAUGUCUUCUGGUAUCUUCUCCUAUUCACCAGAUGAUGAUGAUAAGAAAGAGACGACUCCUAUCGUGACGUCGACCCCAGCGCAUCGCGUUAUCACAGUGGAAAGCAUUCGCAUUCCAAAAGAACAGAAUGCAGAAUCCUUUCUUGAAAGCAGUAGCGAUAAGGAAGUGAUUGAAAUCACCAAACGGGAACUGGACAAUGUCAUGCUUUCUCACAAGGACUUCCUGCUAAAGACCGCACAGGCAACAGGCAUGUACAGCGGACUUAGCAAGACAGACUCGGGAGGCGAAGCGGACAGCAUCAAAUUUGAGUCGUGGCACUAUACAGAUGCGGACAACGGCAGUCCAACAAAUGGCACAAAUGGGAAUAGCAGGUCUUCCUUAAGCCACUAUAAGACAGCCGUAGAGGGCAGCACCAGUGGCAUCAGCCUAGGAAGCACGCCUCAGAAAAUAAUAUUUCCGGAUGUCACAGGAUAUUCUACCAGGGUGUCGGAAGGGCCCCUAACAACCACCGUUCUUAUUUCCACGACAGAUCCGUCUACACUCCAGAUGCAUGCUUCUGAAACUACGGAUUCGCCUCCACCCGAACUGUAUCGGCCGAUCUAGAGUAUUCUUGACAUUUGAAAAGGAGGCGGAACAUGCACCUGUCUCUUGUGUAAAUAGCAUAUUCUGUUGCAUUAUUUCUUGUAAAUACGGGACAUUUUCUCGCAGUGGAGUGUGCCUUGUAAAAUAGAUUCUUGGGUUGGACCAUCCCGAAUAGCAGUAGUCUUUGGAAUACCUACUUAAGUAAUUCGGUGACAGCUAUGUUUCAAAUUGAAAGUUUUUACAGUGUCACCAUGUUUCUCAAAUAACGCGUAUAUUUUUUAUUGUAGGAACUGAAGCUAUUAAUCUAUUAAUACAUUGAGUGAGUGCAUGCUGCUCAGCAAAUUGGCAAUGCUUUGCAAUGCAACAAGAGCCAUAAUCGUGUACAUUAGACAUUUUCAAUGUGGACCACGACAUUGGAAAUAUUUCCAAUUUCAAACAUGGAAUGAGUAUGUUUGUUAUGCACGUGGGAUCAAACACAAAAUUUAUAUUUAUUGAUCAAUUAUUUCUCUUCUGUAAACUUUGUCCCUGGGAGAGAUUAGACGCUCAUACUUUCUCAUGUUCAAACAUGUCACAUGUCUGCACAGCGUGACUAAAGUGUUUUAGCUUUGCCAGCUCUUUCACCAAGUCCUUCUGCACCGUUUACAAGGAAAAAAAGGCAUAAGGAUUUUAAAGAAGAUGCGCACAACCAAAUGGUUUGCAGUGUUAAGGCAUAUUUCUGUGCAAAGAAAAUCACUGCUACACACUGUACACAAAAGAAGAAAACCAUACCACACUCAUCUUCUGAUCUUGGUGUGACAGCUUGUAUUGUACAUCUCUAAAAUACAGACCCGUCAAGGCUUUAACGCUCCACAGCAUCCUGGCUACACAUCCUUGCGCCACAUCAUAUCCACCAUCUGCAUGUCUUCCAAACUCGUUAAUGUGCACUACUCCAUACUCAAUUCCACGUUUGAGACUUUCGCUAUUCAUUUAACUGUAGCUUUUAAUGUACGAGGUAGCAAUUCCUGUCCACUGUUUUAACAAUGCAUCAGGAAUGGCAGUAAGUCACUAUAGUUCCCGAUGGAUACACUGCAGCUAUUUUUUCCAGGUCCAUGCCAGUGCCUUCAAAUUUCACUUUGUAUAAUCAUGUUUUGCAAUCGUUAAGCCAUAACCAAAUGUAUAUUGAAUUAGAAAAGGCCUUUUGAUGGCUUGCUUUGCAUUCGUUGAGAGUGCCCCUGCAAAGCUGGCAGUGAUGACAGAUGUUGAAAUGUUUUAUAGUAACCCAGCACUGUUAGGGGCUCGUAAAUGCCGGCUUUACGUAUGUAGCAAAUGGUGAGCAAGUUGCGCGUUUAAUGACCGAGUCCAUGUUGUGAACUAUCUAAUGGUGGAAGUGCAAUGAAAUGUAAAUAAAAUCAUUGUGCUCAUAA